CGUUUAGCAUAAGGGUUUGUUUUUCUUUCCAAUUCUCUUGUGAAAGAAAACAUUAUUACAGAGCUUCUAGAAUCGGGAAUCUUUGUUGGCUGAGCAGGUAAUUAAGGUGCUAAGAAAGCAGUAGAGGCUUCAUUCAGAGAGGAGGAGGCCUGGUAUAUUUUCAAAGCUGAAUCUCCAACUAGUUUGUUCGAGGAGGAAUAAUAUUAUAAUUGUUGGAGGAGAAUAAAUUAUAAAGGUGGAAAAGAUUAUUCAGCCAAAAUUCAUAGCGAAGAAUUCAUUCAAAUAUCGCAUGGCGAUUGAGGUGGGUUGGUUAGUUCUUUUGAGAUUAUUAUGUUGUUUUCAAUCUCUUGCCCUUGUGAACAUAUUGGAAAUUUUAUUUUCUUUUCAUUUUAUUUCAACAAGAUGUGGAGAAAAAUCAAGUCUAUGAUAUUUCAAAAGAUGGCACACGAGUCCAAUCCUGGGAGUAGCAGUGAAUCUCCAAGCUCCAUCAGUCUUGGCAGGACGGAUUCAUAUGAUGAAUCACAUCCAAUUAAUGGGAAAAGGAAGCAGGCGUUGACAGAUGAAGAUGUGAAAAAAAGGAAGAGGGAAACGCCUAGCUUCACAGAACAUUGCAAGGCAUUGGGGAAACUUGAUUUCCCCAAAGUAUUUUUAGUAUUAAAUUAUGUUGCACCAUACGUACUCGAAGAAGUAUUAUCUAUUCAGGAUAUAAAAAAUCUGUACGGAUUAGAAAUUACCGAUAUUGAAACAAAUAUUAGGCAGGCAUUGGCCAGGACAGUAGGUCGAACUUGUUUUUCUGAAGAGAAGCAGAGGUAUGAGUGGAACCCAUUAAAGAGACACGAAUACCAUUGUUAUGUGGAUCUCGUAGGUAAUUGCAUAUUGAAGGGCCCCUUUCCUGUAGAGACAACUACUCAUCUGCAUAGAGUUUUAGGGGAUUCAAAUGUCCUGCAACUGCAUUUUGAAGGAAGACUGCUGUCAGAACAACUAGAGGAAAAUGGAAGAGUGAAAGAUGAACUCUAUAAAAGAAAUGGACAGCCAAAAAUGUUUCGUGACUGGGCCAAAGAAGGGAUUUUUGUGGGUUUACGGCGCUACCAAUUUUUUGUUUUCAAGGACAGUGGAAAGCAGAAGAACAAAAAUUCUCUGUCAUCAUCUGUUAAAUGCUACUUCGUUUGUACUCAGUCAUUUGCAGAGGAAGACCGAAACAGUUCCUACAUUUUGUUUGAGAAAUCUAUACAUGAAGCACGAUGCAUGUUUAUGCAUGCACAUACUGUGCCAAAUUUUAAGAGAUACAUGGCACGAUUCUCUUUAAUUCUUUCAAAAACUAUAUGUUUUGAAGGUGAUAUCUCUAGCCCAGAGAUUGUACAUAUUAAAGACGUACCGUGUAUGGAUGAGAAUCAGAAUGAAGCCAAGGACAUUAAUGGAGAAGCUCUGAUCCAUACUGAUGGAACUGGGUUCAUAUCUGAAGAUUUGGCUUCACAAUGUAAAAUAUACCAAGGAAAGCACUUUGACAAAGAUUCCAAGGCCUGUCCAUUGCUAAUUCAAUGUCGUCUUUUCUAUGAUGGUUAUGCUGUCAAAGGAACGUUGCUUGUUAACAGAGAGUUGCCACACAAUACAAUACAUAUUCGAGAAUCGAUGAUUAAAGUUGAGAAAGAUGGUCUUCUUUCUUGCGAAAUCAAGAAGUCAUUAGAAAUAUGUCAAACCAGCUACAAGCCGAGGCGGUCAUCGCUUUCACGCUAUUUGAUUGCAUUACUGAGUUAUGGUGGGGUUCCGGAUGAAAUCUUUUUUAGACUUGUACAUGAAGCUUUUGAUCAGAUACAAAAUAAUCUCCGAGAUAGAUCGAAAGCAUUUAAAGUUAUAAAGGAACGUGGAUAUCUAGAUGAAGAUUAUACUGUGCUCAGAAUGUUAUCAUGUGGAAUUCCACUAGAUGAACCAUUCUUACAAUAUAAACUGAAGCAAUAUAUGCUAGGGGAAAUUAAAACGUUCAAGGGAGGGAAGGUUCCUGUUGAGGAUUCGUUCUAUUUGAUGGGUACUGCUGAUCCCACAGGACAGUUAAAGAGAAAUGAAGUUUGUGUAAUUCUUGAUCAUGGGCAGGUAUCUGGCAAGGUAUUGGUGUAUAGGAAUCCCGGUUUACAUUUUGGUGACAUACAUGUGCUUAAGGCUGUGUAUGUCGAGGAUAUUGAGAAGGUUGUUGGAGAUGCAAAGUAUGGAAUUUUUUUCUCGACACAAGGACCGCGUUCACUUGCAGAUGAAAUUGCAACAGGCGACUUUGAUGGUGACCUUUAUUGGGUAUCAAUGAAUGCAGAGUUUUUACAACACUUCAAACCUGAGAAGGCAUGGGAAAGACCUUCAGAAGACAAGGGAAUGUCACAACCAAGACCAACAGAUUUUUCACAUGAGGAACUCGAAGAGAAGCUCAUUGAAGAAUUUUUCAAUCAACGUUUUGCACCAAGCAAUGCAAUAAGUGUAGCAGCAGACAGCUGGUUGGUAUUCAUGGACCGGCUUCUUACACCCAGAGUUAAAGAUUCCCAUGAACGUCAAACGUUAAAAGAAAAGAUGCUCAGACUAACAAGUCUAUAUUAUGAAGCUUUGGAUGCCCCAAAGACAGGAAGAAUGGUGAAUGUCCCAAAAGAGUUAAUUCCUGAGAAAAGGCCUCACUUCCUAAAAAAAGAUAACCACGAUGAUAACGGGAAUUGGUAUUACAAUUCAUCUUCUGUUUUAGGGAGAAUCAAUGACUUGAAAAUUUCAGAAAUUCAUUCCCGAUCAGAUGAAAUAUGGACCAUUCCAUGCUUCCAGAACACCAAUACUGGAAAGUUCAAAGCUAAAUGGAAAAAACAUUAUGAUCACUACAGAUCAGAAAUGACAAAGGCAUUGAACUCUGAUGACCAAUUGAAAUGCAAAUCAAAUGCUAAUGCUAAUGCAGUUACCCAAAAUUAUAAGCAGAUUCUAUAUGGAGCAAUGAGCUUGAAGGAUUCUCCAAUUUCCAGGCAACAAAUCCAUUUGGAAGCAUCUACAAUUUAUCAAAUAGUGUAUGAACAUGCACAAGAACGAAAUGAGAUACAAAAAUGCUGUUUUGCAUGGAAAGUAGCUGGAGAAGCUCUUUGUGAGCUGUAUCUUGAAAAUGAGAAGCAAGAACCCAUUCUUAUUUCACCUUUUAUAUUGUAUGGAAAUAUUUCUUGAUGUCACUUGGCUUGCAGCAUCAUACCAAAUGGCUUUAGUGUUGGCCGCAGUUGCAUCAGUUGUCAAUCCAGGCAAGGUGAAAGACAGACCGGGAUGGUAUGGUCCACAGAAUUUUAGUCUAAGUGGUUUCUAAUACAUAUUUUGGACCUAAGUAUUGAUGUACAGUUCAGCAAUGAUGGAUUUCCGUGUUGAAUGGAAAACUUCAUCAUGAUGUUGAUGACAGUUAAGCUCAUUGUGGCUCACUCAUCCUCCUACCUUUAGAUAGCAGCUUUCUUAUCAAGAAGCAUAUCAACCGAAACAUUGGCAUUCCAUCCAUUGGCCAAUAUUUGACUGGGGCCAAAUUCUUAAUAGCAUUUUGUAUAUUUUGACCAAGGCCUAAAGUAAAAGAAUGCUAAGAGAUGGGAAUGCAUUGUAAGCUCUUUAAGACCGCUGUUGUAUUGGACCUUUCACAAGAGCUUAAAAGCUACUCUGUUUCAUGUAUUAUUAUGUAAAUAUUAAGAAUUUGAUGCAGUUACAUCAGC